GUGGAAGUAGCGACAGUGGUCCUCGUGAAUGGCAGCUGGACGCUGAUCCGAAGUAUGUUCUAGCGCCAAGGCACUUACAAUUAAGGCUAUCGGGAAUCCAUCUCCAGCAGCAUCCUGAGACCUCUGUCUCUCCAGGGGAAAACGAGGCCCAGGAUGGCUCCCAGGAUGGAUUCCGGGAAGCUGUAACACAAGUGCUCCCAGGCGCCAUGGAAUGGAGUGACUUCGUGCUCUUGCUUCCACAGGGGAGCCCGCUGCUCAAGCUCGAGAAUGAAGACGAAGAGGAGGCGGGGGCGAAACAAGCUUUGGAUCAAACUUUAAGGCUAGUACCGCUGAAGCAUGUUUGCUCUUGACACCAUGAUCUUGAUUCUUGGAGGUAUGUCUCCUUGAGUGAUCCUUGGCGCUUCCGUAGUAUCAUGAUGAAGUUUGGAUAUCUCCUGAGUAUCAUGAUAAUUCUUGUUAGGUCAUUGCGAGAUAAUUCACUUGAAGAGCCUAGGUGGUUCUUCUUCUUGUUCUACUCUUGUUUUAAGCGGAUCUUCAAGGAUGCUGCACCCAGGGACGCUAAAAACGAAUGAAUAAAUGUGAUAGAAAAUGCUCUCAAGGAAGACGUUAUUUAACGCGGCAGCUCUAACAACCGGGAUAUUUUUGAGUCUUCGCAAGCGAGAUGGUGAACUGAGUGGAACGGCUUCUUUGGCACAAAGCUUCCUCCAGUUAAGGAUAAUCAAUAUCAAACUUUCACUUUUUAUAGUAUUCAAUAUCGUUACUAUUUUUCAACGUUUUUGUGACUUCUAAUAUUAUGCAUUGGGACACUUUCUGUAACUAUUCAGUUAUCGUACUUAACUGUACCGUUCGUAACAUAGUCUGAAUUUCAAUAUUGUUCGUGACUUUUUUUUGACUUAUAACACCACAUCAUGACUACUUCAAGAAUUAUGGGGUUAGUAGUUACCUCCUAGCGAUUUGACUUUUAUCUUCUCUCAAGUUUGUUGAUAUAUGUUCUACUGUGCAGCCGAUCAUGAUGAUUUUUCAUAAAAUUUACAACUACUAGUACUAGCAUCUUCCUUCGCGUAACAAUAGUCACUCCUCUAAAAACGCAAGGCUUGGUGACGAUGGGAACAGGUGCUAAGUCACAAGCUAGUGGAGGAGAAGAUGAUGAUUAAGGUUUCAAUGAAUAAGUGAUCGCUAGAUUCCAGAGAGAUUACUUACAUAGAAGUCCUAUCUAUAGAAUUAUCAUACGAAAGAAUGCUUGCGUGCGUGGUAAUCCGCACGUGGAGGCAAUAGCAUGGGGAUAACGUCAGUUAUUUUUCGCAGUUUCUUUUCUUCUUGCGAUUGGAUUCUAAAAAAACGAAGGAAAGGAGUGAAAUCGUUUGAGCUCUAAAAUAUUGAGGUGGGGAGGAAAGGCGUUCACGCACUGCUUCGCUACGACAUUCACUAUCGCAGACCGAAGGGUCAGCUAUUAGGUACCGUAACCAUAAAGCCACC